AUGUCCACUGAGUACCACCUGGGGCUGCUGAAGGCAAAGCUUGCCAAGUACAGAGCUCAGCUGCUGGAACCCUCCAAGUCCCCGGCGGCCAAGGGCGAGGGCUUCGAUGUGAUGAAAUCAGGAGAUGCCCGCGUGGCACUGAUCGGGUUUCCUUCCGUGGGCAAGUCCACGUUUUUGAGUUUAAUGACCUCAACCGCCAGCGAAGCCGCGUCGUACGAGUUCACCACACUGACCUGCAUCCCAGGAGUCAUAGAGUACAAAGGAGCCAAUAUUCAGCUGCUGGAUCUGCCUGGAAUCAUUGAAGGAGCAGCACAAGGGAAGGGCAGAGGUCGGCAGGUGAUCGCUGUUGCCAGGACAGCAGAUGUUGUUAUCAUGAUGCUGGAUGCCACCAAGGGGGAGGUGCAGAGGGCCCUGCUGGAGAAAGAACUGGAAUCUGUAGGAAUCCGGCUGAACAAAAGCAAACCAAAUAUCUACUUCAAGCCCAAGAAGGGUGGAGGCAUCUCCUUCAACUCCACUGUCACGUUGACUCAGUGCUCCGAGAAGCUGGUGCAGCUCAUCCUCCAUGAAUACAAAAUCUUCAAUGCUGAGGUCCUGUUCAGAGAGGAUUGUUCCCCUGAUGAGUUCAUUGAUGUGAUUGUAGGCAACAGGGUCUACAUGCCUUGCCUCUAUGUUUAUAACAAGAUUGACCAGAUAUCCAUGGAGGAAGUGGAUCGUCUUGCUCGGAGGCCCCACAGUGUUGUCAUCAGCUGUGGCAUGAAACUGAACCUGGAUUACUUGCUGGAAAAGCUCUGGGAAUACCUGGCACUUACCUGCAUCUAUACCAAGAAACGAGGACAGAGACCAGACUUUACAGAUGCCAUUAUUCUACGGAAAGGGGCCUCUGUGGAGCAUGUGUGCCAUCGGAUUCACAGAUCAUUAGCCAGCCAGUUCAAAUAUGCUUUGGUGUGGGGGACAAGCACAAAGUACAGCCCUCAAAGAGUGGGCUUAACCCAUAUGAUGGAGCAUGAGGAUGUCAUUCAGAUCGUGAAGAAAUAACUCUGCUGGUGCCUGGCCUUGUCUUUAAUCACUGCAAUUGGAACUGACAUAGAAACAAAACAAAACACACACACACAAAAAAAAGAAAAAAUAAAGAAAAAGGAAAAGGGAGACGUGUUCCACAGCCAAGAAAGCUUCUGUGAAGCUCCUUCUCUUGGAAGAAGGCAGAAAACAAGGCUACUGUGCUUGCAGGUGGGGAUGGGGAAGAUGGGUUUCCAUCUCACAGUGUUUCAGGCCAAGUAAUGUUCCUUAAAAAUUAAAAGGGAGCCAAUUCUUCUAGGACACAGUUCCCACAUCCAGCAGUGUCCUUCCUCUUGUAGGGUUUGCACAGGGAUCCACGUGCUCACCUCCCUAGGAAAGUGUUUGGGUUGGUGUCAACCAAUCUGGCCCUGUGCUUUGGGCUGAGAGAACAUUGCUGAUGCUUUGCUGCUCAUCCAUUCACUUAAUUUAAGCAUUGAUCUGAAACAGAAUCAAAGUUCCCCCUCCCCUGCUCCUUGGACACAUCUGCAGCCGAGACAGCCCCAAUUUAUAACGGUCCCACCUCAAUUAACAUUAAGACCUGGCACUCUGUGCCUCUCUUAGCCCUGCAGUGGGGUUUGUAGGACAUCCUGGUCCAACUGGUACUGAGAGAUGAGAAAUUAAACUGUUAAUGAACGAUUAUCUUGGCCAAACUGCAGCAGGGUACGAUCCAAGAGCCACAGUCUGCAGUGAGGAUUCACUUCUGGCAUAUCACUCAUCAAGGAGCUGCCCUGGGAGCUUCCUCCUCUGUUGGGCAGGAGUUGUCCUGCCUGUUAAUCCCCAAGCUGGAGUUCUUCUUAACCAUGCCCCUGAAUUCCAGUCACAGCUCUUUGGAGCUCAAGGUACCAUCCCAUGCCAUGGGGUUUUACGCCAGCCCUGUUAAACACUGUUGCUUGUCUGGAUAUUGUUCAUCAGAAGUCUGGAAUUUUUCUAAUCAUGCUUUUCCAUUGAAUACCGUUGCUAAAUAAUUCAGAGUGCCUGAUAGAGGACAGCUCUUGCCUUCAGGGAUCAAGAGCUGCCAAUAGCUUUUAUUUUCUUUCGUUGGAAAAGGGUUCGGUCUGAUGUGGAUGAGCAACUGUGAGGACAGGUGUGACACCUGUCUCAUCAGGGCUCCUCCCUCCUCCCUGCUCCUCCCCACCCCUCACAACCUGAUGGAGCAGAAAUGGAAGGAUUAUUUUAUUUGAGAAAAUAAAAAGUUGCUAUUUCAUGUGAA